AUGCCGGCUUCCCAGGACACCUCUUCGAAAAUGCAGCUAGAUUCGCCGGCUGAUACCGCCACCGGCACCAUCGACGAGGGGCUCUACAGUCGCCAACUGUAAGUUGUCCCUAUCGUCAGGGGCAUCGGACUCCCAAAUGUUCGUCUACUCACUCCGGUUUCCUUGAUAGUUAUGUUCUCGGGCACGAGGCUAUGAAACGCAUGGGUCAAUCGGAUGUCCUCAUUAUCGGCCUAAAGGGACUAGGCGUCGAAAUUGGUAAGCCUUACUUCUCUCCUGUAGGAUUAAUGCCGCGGUUUCUCGCCACUUGCCUCGGCGGCGUGUGUUCCAGAUUAUUAACGCGGGUCUAUAGCGAAAAACAUUUGUUUGGCUGGUGUUAAAUCCGUUACUCUUUACGACCCCUCCCGUAUCGAGAUUUCAGAACUCUCCUCCCAGUAUUUCUUCCAGGUAUCGGAUGUCGGUAAACAGUCUGACGAGGUUUCUGCGCCUCUGCUUGGAGAGCUGAAUACCUACACACCUGUAUCCGUCCUGCGCUCAAAUCCAUUCGACGAUGUUGAGCUCCUUGGUAGAUAUAAGGCUGUUGUAGUCGCCGGAAUACCUCUUCCUGCUCAACUUGAGGUCAAUGAGUAUUGCCACAGGAACAAAAUCCCCUAUGUUUCGGCGGAGACUAGUGGGCUGUUUGGUAGUAUAUUCUGUGACUUUGGCGAGGGAUUUACAGUCAUCGAUCCUACUGGGGAGAAUCCGGUUGCUGGGAUUAUCGCUGGAAUUGAUAGUUCUGGACUCGUCACUGCGCUGGAUGAGACCAGGCACGGUUUAGAGGAUGGGGACCACGUUACAUUCAGCGAGGUCCAAGGGAUGGAAUCACUAAACGGAGCUGAAUUCAAAAUUGAAGUUAAAGGUAACUAGCUCCCUCCUCUUAUUUAAAUCUGCGCUAACCAUAUCGGAAACCCCCUAGGGCCAUACACAUUCUCCAUUGGCGAUGUCUCAUCUCAUGGGACAUACGAUCGCGGUGGUCUUUACACCCAGAUCAAAAAACCAAAAAUUAUCAAUUUCAAAUCACAAGCAGAGCAACUAAAAGACCCCGAACUGCUUGUUACUGAUUUCGCGAAGUUCGAACGACCUCUGCAACUUCACAUUGGCUUCCAGGCCCUUCACCAAUUCCGCGAGAAGGGCGCCUUGCCGCGACCAAUGAAUGAAGAGGAUGCGGCAGAAGUGUUCAAGUACGCUACUAUUAUUGCAGACUCGCUUGGAGAGCUGAAGCCUGAAUUGGACGAAAAACUCAUCAAGGAGCUGGCAUAUCAGGCGAGGGGUGAUCUUGCUCCGAUGUGCGCUGUUAUCGGAGGCUGGGCAGCGCAAGAAGUUGUUAAAAGCUUAUCCGGGAAGUUCGGGCCGAUUGUGCAGCAGGCGUACUUUGACUCCCUUGAGAGUUUGCCCACCUCGGUACCACGCACAGAGGAAAAUACUCAACCAUUGAACACUCGCUACGAUGGCCAGAUUGCUGUUUUUGGGAAGGAAUUCCAGGAUAAGAUUGCCAAUGUUAAGGAAUUCCUUGUUGGUGCUGGUGCUAUUGGCUGCGAGAUGUUAAAGAAUUGGGCGAUGAUUGGCUUGGCCACAGGUCCUGAGGGCAGAAUCUCGGUUACCGAUAUGGAUUCAAUUGAGAAGAGUAAUCUCAAUCGCCAGUUCUUGUUCAGGCCACAGGAUGUUGGCAGAUUAAAGAGCGAAUGUGCUGCGGCGGCCGUUCAGAAGAUGAAUCCCGAUCUCAAGGGGAAGAUCAAUACCCUGAGGGAUCGUGUAGGGGCGGAAACCGAGAAUGUUUUCGAUGAAGGCUUCUGGGAAUCCCUGGACGGAGUGACAAAUGCUCUUGACAAUGUUGAAGCACGAACAUACGUUGACCGCAGAUGUGUUUUCUUCAGAAAGCCGCUUCUCGAGAGCGGUACUUUGGGAACCAAGGGUAACACUCAGGUUGUCAUGCCCGGGCUUACUGAGAGCUAUUCCAGUUCACACGAUCCUCCAGAGCAAUCCUUCCCUAUGUGCACCGUUAGAAGUUUCCCCAACAAGAUCGAGCAUACAAUCGCCUGGUCCCGUGAGCUCUUUGAGCAGUACUUUGUUCAGCCUGCUGAGAAUGUUAACCUCUAUCUCUCACAACCAAACUUCUUUGAGGCCACUCUUAAGCAAGCCGGCAACCAGAAGCAGAUUUUAGAGACCAUCCGUGAUUACCUCGUCUACAAUAAGCCACUCACAUUCGAAGAGUGUAUUGUUUGGGCUAGACACGAGUUUGAAAAGCAGUACAACAACAAUAUCCAACAGCUCCUCUUCAACUUUCCCAAGGAUUCCACAACAUCUUCGGGCGCCCUGUUCUGGAGUGGCCCAAAGAGAGCUCCGGAUCCAUUAGCCUUCAGCCUUGACAAUGAGACCCACAUGGCCUUCGUCAAAGCUGCGGCCAACCUCCAUGCCUUCAAUUAUGGCAUCAAAGGAAACGCAACCGACGAGGUUUACCGCAAAGUCAUUGGGGAUAUGAUUAUUUCCGAAUUUACACCUUCCUCCGGAGUCAAGAUUCAGGCAAGCGAUGCAGAGCCUGACCCGAACGCUGCCCAAACAGGCUUCGACGAUGAGGGCGAAAUCCAGAGAAUUAUCGAGAGCCUGCCACCUCCGAGUGCGCUUGCCGGAUAUAGACUGGUUAAGGUAGAUUUUGAGAAGGACGAUGAUUCGAACCACCACAUGGAUCUCAUCACUGCUGCGUCAAACCUCAGGGCGCUCAACUACGGUAUUCCUACCGCCGAUAAGCAUACUACGAAGGGGAUCGCUGGCAAGAUUAUUCCUGCUAUUGGUGAGAAGUUACAUUUCUUGUCCCGUGAUACUGCAUACUAAUCGAUGGAAUUUGUAUCUCUAGCGACAACAACCUCCAUGGUUACCGGUAUUGUGUGCCUCGAGCUCUACAAGAUCAUUGACGGGAAGAGUAAACUUGAAGACUACAAGAACGGAUUCGUUAAUCUUGCCCUUCCCUUCGUGGCUUUUAGCGAGCCUAUUGCUAGCCCGAAAGGCACGUACCAAUCGAAGGAGGGAGAGGUCACCAUCGACAAGAUCUGGGACCGGUUCUACUUCGAUCACGAUGCUACCCUACAGGAGGUGCUGGAUGUGAUGGCCAGCAAAGGCUUGACCUGUUCUAUGGUUAGCUGUGGUGUUAGUCUGCUGUACGGAAGUUUCUUCCCCCAGAAGAAGCUCAAGGACAGGCUUCCGAUGAAGUAAGCAUAUACUCCUGCAUCUACAUAAGUAACCACAAGGGCGAUACUAACACAUUUCAUAGGUUAACCAAGCUCGUGCAAGAAAUCUCCAAGAAGCCUGUCCCAGCACACACCAAGAACCUCAUUCUCGAAAUUUGCGCCGACGACGAAACCGGGGAGGAUGUAGAGGUCCCAUACAUUUGUGUUUGCAUUAGAUAGGCAGAACUCUGUGACGUGAAAGAUACCGUCUGCUCAGAGAGAUUCCUGUUUUUGUUUUGUUUUCCUCUUGUUUUUCCCCUUGUUUUUCCUCUCCCUAAAGGUAAUCUCGGUCCUGUUCGAGAGAUUACGAAUUUUGAAUGGUUUCAUGUCCAUGUUCACUACUGUCGACCUUGUCGACUUUACAAUAGCAAAUAAACAAAUAUUCUUAGCCAC